AUGUCCACCACCGAAAAUGCCAUCCGCGCUCACCCGCCGCGCGAGGCGCCCGAGGAGCUGCGCCAGCAGCGGCCUCAGCAGCCUUCGGGCGCAUACUUUCCGCUGGGAUACAAGGAGGCUGCCUACCAAUGGUGGUGCGGUGUCACGCCGUCCAUGGCCGAGCGCAGCGUCCUCAAGCACAUUCCCUUUCUGAAAGAGGCCACCGCCAGCAUGGGCAGCCUUUCCAAUACCGACGUGGGCGACCCCUACGGCAACAGAAUCUGGCGGCGGUCCAUGGUCCAGCUCUCCGGCAAGAACCGCGCGCUCAACGAAUUCUCCAUCGAGCGAGUCGGCGAGGAAACCGAAGAGACGUUGGUCAUGCUUCACGGCUACGGCGCCGGCCUCGGCUUCUUCUACAAGAACUUUGAGCCCAUAUCCCGCAUUCCUGGCCUGAAGCUGUAUGCCCUCGACAUGCUGGGCAUGGGCAAUUCCUCCAGGCCAUCGUUCAAGAUACAUGCAAAGGACAGGGAGGGCAAGGUGAUUGAGGCAGAGAACUGGUUCAUCGACGCCCUCGAGGAGUGGCGCAAGGCGCGCAAGAUUGAGCGCUUCACCCUGCUGGGCCACUCUCUGGGCGGCUACCUGGCCGUCUCGUACGCCCUCAAGUAUCCGGGCCACCUGAAGAAGCUUAUCCUUGCGUCGCCCGUCGGCAUCCCAGAGGACCCCUACGCCGUCAACUCCGCCUUGCCCGAGCCUAGCGAGUCCACGAUGCAGAAUGAGUUCACUGUCGACCAGCAAACCACAACGUCCACCAAGAACGGAGCUGCCGUGCCGCCUAGACGUCCCUACCCUAGCUGGCUUGUCUGGCUCUGGGACGCCAACGUGUCGCCCUUUAGCAUUGUCCGGAUGGCUGGUCCCCUCGGCCCUCGAUUCGUUUCGGGUUGGACUUCGCGACGGUUCAACCACCUCCCGGCCGAGGAAGCCCAGACCCUGCACGACUACUCCUUUUCCAUCUUCAAGCAGAAGGGCAGUGGCGAGUAUGCCUUGGCCUAUAUCCUAGCGCCGGGUGCCUUUGCCCGUCGACCGGUGAUCAACCGCAUCCAGGAUGUCGGUCGCCAGCCCAUCAAAGGCCCGAAUGGCGAGGUUGUCGGCAAGGAGACGGGCAUUCCCAUCGUCUUCAUGUACGGCGAGAACGACUGGAUGGACGUUGCCGGUGGACUUGCUGCCGAGGAGAAGCUGAAGCAGGUCAAGGCCAACAUCAUGCGCACCGGCACAGAGGAGGACAAGGCUAACGAAAACGGGAGCUGCAAGGUUGUCAUCAUCCCCAAGGCGGGCCACCACCUGUAUCUUGACAAUGCCGAGUUUUUCAACAACAUUAUGAGGAAGGAGAUGGAGGAUGUCAAGGAGAUGGAGAAGCGCAAGCGAGCGGAGUCGUCCUAG